AACUAUAUAGAGUAACCAUGGCAACCUCACUUGGAGCGAACACUUACAACCGUAUGAACUGGGAGACAAGUGAUUUCCCAAUUCUGUGCCAGACGUGUCUAGGUGAUAAUCCGUACAUGAGGAUGAUACGUGAGACGUACGGGAAGGAGUGCACUAUCUGUAACCGUCCCUUCACUGUCUUUAGAUGGUGCCCCGGUGCUAAGAUGAGGUACAAGAAGACAGAGGUGUGCCAAACCUGCGCAAAGACAAAGAACGUCUGUCAGACUUGUUUACUAGACUUAGAAUAUGGGCUUCCUGUGCAGGUGAGGGACGCUGCCCUCAAGAUGCAAGACAAUAUACCAAAAUCCGAUGUGAACAGGGAAUAUUACCAACAGAACAACGAAUCUGCCUUAGCAAAAGCUGGUGGAUCAGGAGGAGCAGGAGGUAAGGCCCCUAACGAAUUGCUCAUGAAAUUAGCACGAACUACCCCUUACUACAAACGAAAUCGUGCCCAUAUCUGCUCCUUCUGGGUGAAAGGGGAGUGUAAGCGGGGAGAGGAGUGCCCGUACCGACACGAGAUGCCUACUGACCCUAACGACCCGCUUGCUAAUCAGAACAUAAAGGAUCGUUAUUACGGUGUUGAUGACCCAGUGGCGGACAAGUUGUUGAAGAGAGCGGCUGAUAUGCCCAAACUAACCCCACCUGCUGAUAAGACCAUUACUACAGUCUACGUGGGGGGACUGGACGCUAACAUUAAGGAACAGGACUUGAGGGAUAUCUUUUAUCAGUAUGGUGAGAUCCGUAACAUAAACAUGGUCACUAAAAGUGGGUGUGCAUUUGUUAACUUCUCUCAGAGAGAGUCUGCAGAGAAAGCAGUCCAGGGAGCCUUUAACAAGCUCAUAAUUAAAGGAAGGAGGUUAAAGAUCCUGUGGGGGAGAGGUCAGGGAGCCCCGGCUAUAAAAGCACAGGAGGAACCCCGCCCACUGCCCCCUGUCCCUGGUUUACCUCCUGCUCUUCCUCAACCUCCUGCCGAACUGCUAGCUCACGACUUCUUUGGGCUUCGUGCUGACAACGUGCCUCAGCCGCCCGUUCUGCGCGCGCUGGCUGGCAGCGUCCUACCCCCCCUUCCUGGCCCUGCCGGAAUGAGGAUGCCACUGAUGGCCCCUCCGGGAACUCAUGUCAUACAUUACCCCUCCCAGGAUCCUCAGAGAUUGGGAACCAGCAAGAGCAGGGGAAACGACAAUUAGUCUUAUCUGCUUUCAUUUAAGUUAGUGGUGUAACAUUUCAUAUAGCCCCCCCCCCCCCCCCCCCCCCCCCCCUUGCUACCAUAGUGCCCCCCGGCCCCCCUGGCUACCAUAGGCCCCCCCCCCCCCCUUAUAAAGUAGAAAUUAGGUGACAUCAUGUCUAAAAAUACACUUUUUAGACCAAAACGCGCAAUUUCAAUCAAUAAGCAGCGCCCUUUAUUAUCCACUGAUUUAAAUUAUAAUUUAAAAACAACUUUAACAAUAUGACUAGUAAAUCUGCAAUGUGAUUUAAAAUUGUAAUUAGUGUGUUAACAAUUCUGGAGUCAGCAUUUUAUUUUAUUUCUUGAAAUAUAGCUCUGCGGAGGUUGUUAAACAUGUAUUAUGUAUUAUUUAUCCUUCUAGCACUCAUUUUCCAUUA